AUGGACCGGAGGUCCCGGAGAGCUGGGGGGUCGCCGGCGCUGCUGCUGCUGCUGCUGCUGCUGUGGCCGGGGCCGGGGCCCGGGGCUCUUCAAGGAGAUACCCCGGGAGAGCCAGCCACCCCCUACUGGGUCCUGGAUGGAAGGCCCUGUCGCGAGGUCACCCUGGAGGAGUCGGUCUCAAAGCCAGAUGUGGGGCUGGUGGCCUUGGAGGCUGAAGGCCAGGAGCUCCUGCUUGAGCUGGAGAAGAAACAUAGGCUGCUGGCCCCUGGAUACAAAGAAACCCACUAUACCCCAGAUGGGCAGCCAGUGGUGCUGGUCCCCAAACACACGGAUCAUUGCCACUACCAUGGGCACGUGAGGGGCUACCCUGACUCCUGGGUAGUCCUCAGCACCUGCUCCGGAAUGAGCGGCCUGAUCGUGCUCAGCAGCAAUGCCAGCUAUUAUCUUCAAUCCUUCCCACCUGCGGUCUCCAAGGACCCCUGGACACACAAGAUCUUCCGGACAGAGAAUCUGCUCAGCUGGAAAGGGGCCUGUGGCCACAGGGACCCCAGUGACAAAAAGGACACUGCUGGCCUUCCUCGUGUCUCUCAGAGCAGGGAGAUGCGAGAGGCCCACAGGAACCCGAGGUACCUGGAGCUGUACAUAGUGGCUGACCAUACCUUGUUCUUGACCCAGCACCGGAACUUGAACCACACCAAACAGCGUCUUCUAGAGGUCGCCAACUAUGUGGACCAGUUCCUCAGGACUCUGGACAUUCAGGUGACGCUUACCGGCCUGGAGGUGUGGACGAAGCACGACCUGAGCCGCGUCACGAUGGACGCGAACGCCACGCUCUGGGCCUUCCUGCAGUGGCGUCGGGGGCUGUGGGCGCUCCGGCCACACGACUCCACGCAGCUGCUCACGGGCCGCGCCUUCCGGGGCGCCACCGUGGGCCUGGCGCCUGUCGAGGGCAUGUGCCACUUGGAGAGCUCAGGAGGCGUGAGCACGGACCACUCGGUGCUCCCCAUUGGCGCUGCAGCCACCAUGGCCCACGAGAUAGGCCACAGCCUUGGCCUCAGCCACGAUCCCGACGGCUGCUGCGUGGAGGCUGUGGCAGAGCAAGGCGGCUGCGUCAUGGCAGCGGCCAUGGGGCGCCCGUUUCCGCGAGUGUUCAGCGCCUGCAGCCGUCGCCAGCUGCGGGCCUUCUUCCGCAAGGGAGGCGGCACAUGCCUCUUCAACGCCCCGGACCCCUGGCUCCCGGUGCCGCAGGCUCGCUGCGGGAACGGCUUCGUGGAGCGGGGCGAGGAGUGCGACUGCGGCGCUUUCCAGGAGUGCCCGGACCCCUGCUGCCUCGCCCACAACUGUUCCCUGCGCGCUGGGGCCCAGUGCGCCCAAGGGGACUGCUGCGCGCGCUGCCUGCUGAAGCCGGCAGGCGCACCCUGCCGCCGGGCCGCGGGCGAGUGUGACCUCCCUGAGUUCUGCACGGGCGCCUCCCCGCAUUGUCCCCCAGACGUUUACGUACUGGAUGGCUCGCCCUGCGCCAGGGGCCGCGGCUACUGCCGGGACGGCGCAUGCCCCACGCUCGAGCAGCAGUGCCAGCAGCUCUGGGGGCCUGGCUCCCGCCCAGCCCCGGAGGCCUGUUUCCAGGUCGUGAACUCCGCGGGAGACGCCCACGGGAACUGUGGCCAGGAUAGCCAGGGCCGGUUUGUGCCUUGCGCACAGAGGGAUGCGCAGUGUGGGAAGCUGCAGUGCCAGGGCGGGGAGCAGCGCCCGCGCGUGCCACAGGCAGUGCCUGUGGACUCCACCAUCAGCUUAGACAGCCAUGAGAUGACCUGCAGGGGAGCUUUUGCGCCCUCCACGGCCCAGCUGGACCUGCUUGACUUGGGCCUAGUAGAGAUGGGCACCCAGUGUGGAUCUAGAAUGGUGUGCCAGGACAGGCGCUGCCAGAAUGCCACCUUCCAGGAGCUGGAGCAUUGCCUAGCAGCAUGCCAUGCCCAUGGGGUUUGCAAUAGUAAUUACAACUGUCACUGUGCUCCGGGCUGGGCACCGCCCUCCUGCAAGGAGCCAGGAUUUGGAGGUAGCAUAGACAGUGGCCCUGUGCAGCCUGAAAACCACAAUGCCUUCCCGAUGGCCACGAUCCUGAGCUUCCUGCUGCCCCUGCUCCCCGGGGCCGGCCUGGCCUGGUGCUGCUACGGGCGCCCGGGAUCCUGUCUCCAGCAGCACCUCUGGGGCUGGAGGAGAGGUCCUGCUCUCAGUGGGCCCAAAGCUGGCCCACGCAGGGACUACCCACUGGGCAGCGUUCACCCCAUAGAGCUGGGCCCGACAGCCACUGGAGUGCCCCGGCCCCUGGGUGAAACUCUGCCACAGCCCAACAGCCACCCUGAGAAGCCUGUGGCCUGUAGCCCUGCCUGCACCCCCAAGGAGGUCCCCAGCCGUCCAGCGAGGAGAGAGCGCAGGAGCGAGCCGUCGUCUCCGUUCGCCCUCGGCAUGGCCCACUGCCUAGGACUCACGCUGCUGCUGCUGCUGUUGGGGCUGCGCGACGCCGUACCGCCGCCUCCGCCUUCGUCCCCCAUCCCAAAGGGUGGAGGCCAGGAGGAAUCCGGCGUCCAGAUGGGACGGGACAGGGUAGAUAAGGGGUUAGGCUCGCGAGAAGGAGCAUCAGCAGGGGCUGAGGAAGAGAGGCGCAGGGGUCAGGAGGAGGCCCACGAAAAGGCCAGGGAGGUAGGAGAACCAGCAAUCUAUAGACCCACCCAAAGGGCCUGUGCUGGGGAGAAAGAGGGUGGGUCAGGCAUCCCAGAGCGUUACGAAGAGGAAGAGGACGAGGAGCGGCCACUGUCCUCGGAGCCACUUCUGAUAAGUUUCCAUUAG